AUGUCGGAAAAUGAGAGAGGUGAAGACUUUGUCGUCGACAAAUCCAAUCUCCUCACCCGCUACGCUCGCAACAAGUUCAACACGAACUCAAAAGCCAUCAUUGGCUUUGAGUUUCAGACUCAGAGCAUGCUCAUCUCCGGUAAAAAGCUCAAAACUCAGAUUUGGGAGACCGUCGGUCAAGAACGCUUCCGCGCUGUCACUCCCGCCUAUAACCGUAGAGCCGUCGGAGCACUCAUCGUCUAUGGCAUCACUUGCAUCUCAACCUUCGAGAACGUUGGUGGCUCGAUGAGCUCAACAGUAGGUUCUCUUCUCUGUUUCAAUUGAAAAUUCGGGUGAAGAAGAAGAGAACAAUGGAUCGGGUGGGGUCUGGUUUAUUUUUCCUUUUGAGUCAAAUGGUUUGGUUUAACUAAAAUUGGGUUUUUGUUAGGUUUAACUGGUUUAUAUCAUUUGGUAAAUAAUAAACCAAUCAAAAUCAUGGUUUAUGUAUAAUUAAGUUCAAAAUCAAUGGUUGGGGGAGAAAUAAGACUGUAACUUUUAAUUCGGGGAGAAAUACAUUUGUAAUAUUCAGUUCAUGUAUAUAUAGCACGAGAUCAUAGUUCUGUGGACAUUUGAUGCUAUAUGAUAGUUCUCGUGGG